GUGACUUGAAAUCUCAAUGUCUUCGGUUCCUUCAUGUUUCACACAACUCUGAAACUAAACUACAUUUCUCAAAACAUGAUAAAUAAAAAAUUCAAUUUCUUCAAAGUCAAAUAAAUCUCCUCUUACAAACACCACGAGAUUUCUAUAAUUGCAUCUCUUUGUUGUUUUGGUCAAUCCAAUCCCCCCUUUUUUUUAUAUAAAAAAAUUACUUUCAAUUUCUAAAUUUCUUUUGAGCUGAGCCUCAUCCUUCACUGUAACUCAAUCUGACUCAGUCCUUUCUUCUUUAGUGUUUGAUUUAAUCUUCUUAAGUUGGUUCACCUCAAUUCACCCAAUCUGUUUAGCAGGUAUAAAUUGGGGGUAUUGUUUGCGAUUAAUUUAAACAUUUGAAGAAUAAUGGGAGGUGUUUGCUCUGGUGCAACAAAAGAGCCAACUAUAAAGCGUGAACAAAAGACGACCAGUAGAGGAUUGUCAGGGAACGGAAAUUCCAAUUCGCUUUCCUAUGCAAAUGGCGGAGGUCUCGACAAAGCACCGCAAAGACACGAUUCUGGUGAUUUUGGACUGCAAUUUUCCCGGGAAUUGAAGCCAUCAACCCCCGCAAAGACUACUGCUUCCAAGGUUUCUCACAGGAGCUCAUUUCUGGGAAGAGCUGGGAUUUUAGGCCUAGAGAGGGCGGUUGACGUUCUAGAUACACUCGGAAGUAGCAUGUCGAAUUUGAAUGCCGGAAGUGGCUUUGUCACUGGCCUGGCUUCUAGAGGGAAUACAAUAUCUAUAUUGGCAUUUGAAGUGGCUAAUACAAUAGGUAAAGGAGCGAAUUUGUUGCGGUCACUUUCGGAACAAAACAUCCAAUUCCUCAAAAAAGAAGUCUUACAUUCCGAAGGAGUACAAAAGCUAGUUUCUACAAACAUGAAGGAGUUGCUAAGUAUUGCUGCAGAAGACAAGAGGGAUGAAUUGGAUAUUUUCUCGCGUGAAGUAUUUAGGUUCGGAGAUCUAUGUAAAGAUCCACAAUGGCAUAAUCUUGGACGAUACUUUUCAAAACUAGAUAUAGACAAUUCAGUUCAUAAACAAGCUAGAGCUGAGGCUGAAAUGACAAUUAAAGAACUAACUUCUCUUGCCCAGCAUACCUCUGAACUGUACCAUGAAUUGAAUGUUCUGGAUAGAUUUGAACAAGAAUAUAGGCUGAAGUCAGAAGAAGUGGAGGCCUUAAAUCUCCCUAAAAGAGGAGAGAAUCUCAUGCUUCUACAAAGUGAGCUAAAACAACAAAGAAAGCUUGUAAGGAGUUUGAAAAAGAAAUCUCUUUGGUCUAGAACUUUGGAAGAGAUCAUGGAGAAGCUUGUUGAUAUUGUUACUUACAUGCAUCAAGCAAUCUUCGAAGCCUUGGGAGAAACAGCAUCAUCAGUCAAAAAGGAGACUCCUGAAAAUUCUCAAAAAUUAGGUGUUUGUGGACUUGCAUUACACUAUGCUAAUGUAAUUCAUCAGAUUGACAACAUUGCAGCUCGACCAGCCUCGCUUCCUCGUAAUAUCAGGGACACAUUAUAUCAUGGAUUGCCACCCACUGUUAAGAAAGCUUUAAGGUCUCGAUUGCAGUCCAUUGACACCAAGGAAGAGCGCUCAAUUUCAGAGGUCAAGGAUGAAAUGGAAAAGACACUACAGUGGCUUGUUCCAGUUGCCACAAACACAACCAAAGCACAUCAAGGUUUUGGAUGGGUUGGAGAAUGGGCGAGCACAGGCAAUGAAUUUGGAAGAAGCGCAGCGGUAAAUAUUACCCUCACCGGCCUUCAGACGCUUUAUCAUGCUGAUAAAGCGAAAACAGAUGCAUACGUCCUUGAAUUGGUAGCAUUGCUUCAUCAUUUGAUCAGCUUAGUGAAACAAAGAGAUCACGGGUUCAAGCCUCAGACAUUUCGAUCUCCUUUUCACUCCAAGAUGCAGCAGCAAUUUCUAUCCUUGAAUAGUGGUACUAAACCCCGCAAGGUUGAACUGUCGGAACAAGACAGGAAGUUGUUAAGCAAGGUGAGUGGGAGGAGAUUGGUUCCUGGAAUCAGCAAAAGUCAGGAAUUUCCUUUAGGCAAAAACCAAGGGAUCAAAGUUUGGGCAUUAAGUAGAAGUGCUGGGAACUCUCCUGAUAGGGCAAGAAAGAGUUGCAAGCAUUCAAAAACAAAUAUAUUGGAUGUGAUGGAUGGUUUGGACCUCGCAACUUGAAUGUCACUUCUUGUCUCAUUCCUAACAGUCCCAUUCUUCUCAUUCUAUUAUUAAAUAUAUGUGAGAUUCAUUACAGAGUGUACAUAAUACCUUCCAUAUAUUGUAUAUUGGUAUUUUUUUCUCAAGUUAUCUUAACAAGUGGAUAUAUUGGUUU